GUGCUUUGUCCUAGCCACACUCUCUGAGGUGGCUGACAAAAAGGGACAGCAGAACCAGCUUCCUCAAGUUAUACAUAACAUCUACACAUCCCCUGCUUUGACUUAAAUACUGCUGGUAAUGAACAUCAGCUAGAUCUUCCAGCGAGUAAAAGGAAGUUGGAAAGGGGAUUGCCUCUGGUAUAUCACCCAAAGAAAAGCUGAGCAACUUGCCAUUAUUUUGGAGACAGCAAGAAAGGAACAUCUCAGAACUGGGGCCUCAUCCUUUGACGUUUUGUUUUGUUUUGUUCUAACACAAGAAAAAAAAAAAAAAGAGGAGUUAUCCUUCAGCAGCAGAAGCCAUGGAUUACACAGCGAAGUGGAGAACACCACCACUCAAACACCCAUAUCUCAAGGUCUCUCAGCUCUUGGUGCUAGCUAGUCUCUUUUACUUCUGUUCAGGCAUCAUCCAGGUGAACAAGACAGUGAAAGAAGUAGCAGUACUGUCCUGUGAUUACAACAUUUCCACUACAGAACUGAUGAAAGUUCGAAUCUAUUGGCAAAAGGAUGAUGAAGUGGUGCUGGCUGUCACAUCUGGACAAACGAAAGUGUGGUCCAAGUAUGAGAAUCGCACCUUUGCUGACUUCACCAAUAACCUCUCCAUCGUGAUUAUGGCUCUGCGCCUGUCAGACAAUGGCAAAUACACCUGUAUCGUUCAAAAGACUGAAAAAAGGUCUUACAAAGUGAAACACAUGACUUCGGUGAUGUUAUUGGUCAGAGCUGACUUCCCUGUCCCUAGUAUAACUGACCUUGGAAAUCCAUCCCAUGACAUCAAAAGGAUAAUGUGUUCAACCUCUGGAGGUUUUCCAAAGCCUCACCUCUCCUGGUGGGAAAAUGAAGAAGAAUUGAAUGCUGCCAACACAACAGUUUCCCAAGACCCGGACACUGAGUUGUACACUAUUAGUAGUGAACUGGAUUUCAAUAUAACAAGCAACCAUAGCUUUGUGUGUCUUGUCAAGUAUGGAGACUUAACAGUAUCACAGAUCUUCAACUGGCAAAAAUCAGUCGAGCCACACCCUCCCAAUAACCAGCAACAGCUCUGGGUCAUCCUGAUCUUAGUAGUAAGUGGUGUGAUUGCUGUGAUCACUGCCAUUACAGGAGGCUGCCUAGCCCACAGAUCUGCUGCAAGAUGGAGACAGAGAAAUAGGAACAAAGAGGACAUGGACCUGGAAAAGAUGUCCCCUAUAAACAUAGGAUCUGCCCAAGCAUCUGUAUGAGCAGAACAUCUGGAGGUCCCACCUCCAUCUUAGAUUGACCUCAUCUUUGAAUUUCCUCAGAUGGCCAGGAUUAUCCCACCUUGCACUUCAUGCAUCUGUUCUCUAGGAGCCUGUUCAUUUCAGUGGCCCUGCAGAAAGUGACCAGAGGAAUAUGGUGGGGACAUAAGUAGCUCUCUGGUAGCCUUGGUCAAAGAAUUGUUCAGGCCUGGAAGAGACAUUCGGAAAAUACUUGUCUCAUUAAUGACAAGGACAUCAAGGCCUAGGGGGUGACCUGAAUGAUAAAGGUCUGAGCUAGAACCCAGAUUUCCUGUCUCGGGUGCUCUUUUCCAUCAGUAGUCCGGCUCUGUGCUAUUAACUGGUGUGUACAGGUGUACACACCAGUCAAAAUGCUUCUGGAAAAAGAGUAUGUCCAAUGUCAGGUCAACUUCAGAGACUUCAUCUGAUGCAACACUAGAAGGUUUUGUGUUGCUGUCAAAAGCAAUCUGAUGCUAAUGUGUGGUAGUAUGAUGGUAUAUAUACCAAUAUGAGAAUGAUGGAAAAAUUACUGGGGUUUACUCAGUAUCUCAUCUUUCAUUGUGUUCUCCUCUGUUGCUUUCCCACUUCUCCAUCAGGUUCUGGAGAAAGUAGAUCUAUCCAAAACUAAUAUCUGCUGACAUGUAAGAUGAAUGACUUAUAUACCUCAAAGCGAUAGUCACGUUGGAGAGGGAUAGGUUGGUUUAGAGAGUCACAUCCUACUGGUUCAUAUUGGACUGAUAAUCUCCUUAAUGGCUUUAUGCUAGUUUAAACUCAUUUAUAAAACAUGAGAAAGUUCUCAUUUAAAAUGAGAUAGGUUUUAAUUGUAUAUUACUAAACAGAUAUUACUAAACAGUAGCUGUCCUUAGAAUUUGAUUGAGGUAAUGAAAAUAGCAUUCCAUAGGGUUUCCCUAGAUUCCUCAAGUUGCUCUUCCUCCUUGGUAUUUCUGAUCCUUCUGACAUCAGCAGAGAAUUAAAAAUAAAGAAGUGGCCAACUGCCGUUCCUGUGUCACUUACUCAUGAUUCCUUUCUCUGAAGUUGUCUUCCAUAACUCAGUGGACCUGGAGGUAGACCUGACUGGAGGAAUCAGACAUUCUCAUUUGAAAAUUUGACGUUGGACAGCAAGUUGGCCAAGUUUCUCACAUGUAGCUGGGUUUACAAUGUUUAAUUUUGGCAGCUAUCAAGGGACCAGAUUAUGCUAUAUAGUCUAAGGAGCAGAAGUACAGUUUUAAAUGGUUGCCCUCAGAACAAAAUCACUGAAAGAAAUAAAAGUUGGAGACUGACCUGAACUCAAAGCAAAGAAACAAAAAAAAUGGGAACUGCUGCAUUUAAUUAAAAUUAAUAAUCCUUAGACAUGCUCAAAAGGAGACCUCAAGAAGUAAUCACAAAAUAGGACACAUCUAGGAGACAGCUUAUUUAUACUUAAAAUAAAUUAUAUUACAUUACUUAUUACAUUUGAUAAAUGUGUUGGUACUAUUUUCCAAAGAAUUAUACUUUUAUUGAUAUUUUUGUGAUAUGAAUAAAAUUAUUUUUAAAACCAA